AGCAUUUGCGGCUUUAAUAAAAUCACAAGAUGGUUAAAGGCACAGAGAGAGUGUUUCAUCACAUUAUUUGUGACUAGUAAUUUAGUAUUGUUUAGUGAGUAAGAACCAUUGAUUUUAAAGUCAUCCCAUGAGAUUGUCUGUGCUAUUGUUGUAAUAAGACAAAAUAACAAUUGGAGUGAACAAGAAAGAAAAAAAUAAAAGUAGUACAAAAGCUUAGUGGACAAGACAAAUACAUAUACAUACAAAUAUAUAUAGGUUUAGUGUUAGUAUGUGUUUGGAAGAUGGAAAUAAUAAGGGGAAAUUUGACAUGUGUUUCAUGAUUGCUAGAUUCCUUGUUGGGAUUAAUUGCGUGCCUCAACUACGUACGGCUUCAAGCUUCUGUUUCACACAUUUCAUCGUACUCUUUUGGAGCUUCAUUUCUUGUGUGCUACCACCAAAGGGUUGUAAAGGUUAGUUUGCUGCAAAGAUUCACGUAAAUAAUGUACCUGAGAGGAAGUUGGCGUGCUAAUAAUCAUUGGGGUUCAUCGGUUUCUAAGAGUAGAAUCCACAGCAAGAGGGAUAGAAAGUUGAAUGCUCUAGUAUCAAAGCAAGAUCUUCAUCAAUCUUCAAGCUCGUUACCAAGGAGAAGGAAGUUACAAUAUCUAAAGCUACCACCUACAUUGUUCUCCUUCCAAUUUCUUGAAUCCGUCAUGAAAUUGCAAGUGAAAGACGUGUGCAAGAAGCAACAACACCACCCCAUUGAUUUGUUACCGAAACCAGAAGCAUGGUUAUUGUCUUUUGAAGUUCUUCACGUGGCUGCAGUGAAGCUCCAGAAAGUUUACAGGAGUUACAGGACAAGAAGAAAUCUCGCAGACUGCGCAAUCGUCUGCGAGGAGCUUUGGUUUGUUCAUCAAUCUCCCAUGUCUAUGGCUAUGCUUGUUUUAAUUCUUUCUUGUUUUUCGAAUUCAGCGAAUUUUCGAGGUUCUGUUUUCAGGUGGAAGGCUUCUGAAUUUGCCGAUAAAACAGAAUCAGCUAUAUCAAAAUGGAGAAGAGCUAGAGCCAUGGCUGAUGAGAUGGGAAAAGAGUUUUCCAAAGAUUAUAAGGCGCAGAAUUUGGCUCUAAGUCACUGGCUUGAAGCCAUUGAUCCACGUCAUCGUUACGGGCACAACUUGCACUUUUAUUACAACAUCUGGUUUUGGAGCAAGAGCUCCCAGCCCUUUUUUUACUGGCUGGAUGUUGGAGAUGGCAAGGAAGUUAACCUUGAAAUAUGCUUAAGAAAGAACUUGCAAAGGCAACGAAUUACUUACCUUGGACCUGAGGAGAGGGAAGCAUAUGAGGUGAUGAUUGUGGAAGGAGGAAAACUGGUUUAUAAGCAAAGCCAGAAACCUGUUCAUACCACUGAUGGGUCUAAGUGGAUUUUUGUUCUUAGUCCAUCAAGAGUUUUGUAUGUUGGUCAGAAAAAGAAAGGAGAAUUCCAACAUUCUAGUUUUCUAGCUGGAGCUGUUACCACUUCUUCUGGAAGAUUAGUUGCCCAUAAUGGAGUCAUUGAUGCUAUUUGGCCUUACAGUGGUCAUUACCGUCCAACAGCAAAGAAUUUCUUGGAAUUCUUACAUUUCUUGGAAGCUCACCAUGUUGAUUUGACUAAUGUCAAGAAAUAUCCAGUAGACGACGACGUGCCAAGUGAAAUGGGAUCAAGUGAGUCGCCAACAAAUGAAAACUCGGCAAUAAUACAAGCAAGCAAGUGGAGCACUGGAGUUGGUCCAAGAAUUGGUUGCAUGACAGAGUACCCUAAAGAGCUGCAAGUGAUGGCACUUGAGCACCUUGGAAGAUUUGUUGGCAUGGCACCCAUUGCAUCUCCAAGACCUACUCUCAAACUCCACCUCUCCCCUAAACUUGUCUACAUGGGAAUAGAAUGAUAAAUUUUUGUAUCUCCCUACUCCCAUAGUUAGAAUUUAGAUGGACCUUAUUAUUUUUCAUUCUACCUUUAGGGUUGGACAAUUUGAUCAUUAAUACAUUCAACUUUAGUAUCA